AUGCCUCCCAAGUUCGAUCCCAAUGAGGUGAAGGUCAUUCACCUGAGAGUGACUGGUGGUGAGGUCGGAGCCCAGUCCGCUCUGGCUCCCAAGAUUGGUCCUCUCGGUCUGUCCCCCAAGAAGAUCGGUGAAGAUAUUGCCAAGAACACUGGUGACUGGAAGGGUCUCCGUGUGACUGUCAAGCUCACCAUCCAGAACCGUCAGGCCACGGUCUCUGUCGUGCCUUCCGCUUCCUCUCUGGUCAUCAAGGCCCUCAAGGAGCCUCCCCGUGACCGCAAGAAGGAGAAGAACAUCAAGCACAACAAGUCCAUCCCCUUCGACGAGAUCGUUGAGAUUGCUCGCAAGAUGCGUCACCGCUCUCUCGCCAAGGAGCUCCGUGGUACCGUUCUUGAGAUCCUCGGUACCGCUUUCUCCGUCGGUUGCCAGGUCGAUGGCCGCAGCCCCAAGGAUGUCUCUGACGACGUCAAGGCUGGCGAGAUCGAUGUUCCUGAGGAAUAA